UCGUGGCCGUCGCCUGCCGGCAGUGCGUGUGCGAGAAGGGCGGAGGAGACAGUAUUAACUCCAGGGUGGCAGAGCGCGGUGACAUUAUCAAGAGAGCUUGGCGUUUGCCGGUGUAUUUGGCUCUUGUUCACAGAUGAGAAGGAGAUCAGUGUUCACUGUGGAAAGCAUCCAGGGGUGACUGCCACGCCUGGGCUGGUGAGACGGGGACAUGGAGCAGUACCAAGUGUCACAUAGUGUGUGUGUGCAGGGAGUGCUGGGAGGGCUGUGCUGUGUCCUUGCACGGCAGGAGCUGCGGAGAAGUGGUGGGAUGGUCUGAUCACAUCGUUGUGGGGGCUCUCAUAGCGAUGUUAGGGCCGAACCAGGCAUUUCCAUGACAGCCAGGUUUCCAUGGCGUGUUGUGUUUGGACAAUACAACGUGGAAUGUGCUGCAUACGGGUGGCUGGGCUUUGGAUUGCAGUGUUGACCUUUGUCAGACAUCAGUCUGGGCCCUGUUGGAGUCCUAUUUGUGUCUUUGGGCGCACAGAACAAUUGUGCCACCUAGGGAGAUGUCAGGAGGAAGUGCUGCAGGCAGUGUCAGAGUGGCCGAGCCCAGCAGGUGCCGUCACCUGAGUGACGGGCUGUGUUGGAGGUGUGGGCAGUGUGUGUGCAGUGAGUGGAGGCCAUGUUCCGGCACAGAGACAGAUAAGUGCUUCUCAUACGUGAGAAAGGAAAAUAAAGCAACCUCUCUGGUGACAGAUUGUCAUGAAACUCAUUUUUAAAGAAUGUUUCAAUCAGAAGGAAAAUUAGGAAGCCCACCUGGCACCGACUGUGGUCAGGCACAGCAAGCAGUAUGUCGUUUGGUCAAACGAGACCUCAGACGUCCCAGCUGGUGGAACUCCAUGUUUUUUAUGUCCCAGAGGAAGUGUGGAACUUCAAGCUGAAUACAGUUCCUGUGGCUCUCGCCAGCAAAUUCAUCUCAGCUGGGUUUAUAAGGGUGUCUCCUCACAUCACAUUAAGAAUGCUUCGGGAGAAGCUUGGAGAGUACCUGGGUGGAGUCGAAGUUGCAGACAAAUUCCAAUUCUUAAAAUGCAUUGGGAAAAAGCUUGCUGUUGUGAAAGCAACACAAGAAGCAGAGCUGGAACUGAAGUCAUUUGCUCCCCCUUAUGCACUGUAUCCUGAAUUAUAUUUAUUACCUCGAGUGGAAUAUUUUGAAGAUGUUUAUCCAUUGUCAUCAUCAACACAACAAAGCUAUCACUUUAGUGCAGAAACUAAUAGGUAUGGUCGCGGAUCAAGACUACCUAAUCUACCCCAACAAAAAACUGAAAGCAAACAAUUUUUAGAAAGCAUACAGAACUGCAGUCAUCAGCUAGAAAAUCAGAAAGUACACAGUCCUGCAGAAUGGGCUGAGAAGGAAUCUCUUCCAGUAUUGCACACAAGUAAUGAGCAAGACCACAACAGGACUACAGAAACAAAGACACAGUUCAGAGUGAAAGAUCAAAAUGGAUCCAAGGGAUCUCUCUUCACACCAAGUCUUUUAAAUCCUGCAGAUCAAGUGACUGGAAAAAGCUGUAUAGUACAAAAGAACUCCCAGCAAAGCCGUCACAGCCAGGAUCCAAAAGAUGCUCCUAAGUGGAAUGACAAAGCCAAAGGAACUGCUCUUACUCUUCAUGUAAAGCACAGUGAUGAACAAGACCGAAAUAACCAAAUACAUCAAAAUCUCAUGACAUAUCCAAAGGAACUAAACACCAGACUAGUUACAAACAUGGAAAAUAAUGAUCACAAAGAAGAUGCUAAACUAAGAAGAGACAGAACACGGGAUUCUGGAGUUCUUGAAACACUUGAAGACCAAACCACAGAAUACAUACACAAGAACCAAAGGUUGCUGCAGUACAGAACUAGCAAGUCUGUAACUGUUCUUGGUGAAAACCUGGAUGAUCAGGCAAACGAGAACAAGCAAAAUGAUCCUACUUGUCCAAAAGAAUAUACUUCUCCUAGUCCACCUUCUCUGGCACUUUCUGUAAACCCAGCUCAAGUUCCAGCAGUUCAGGCAGAAAAAAACAAGAUGGUAGAACACUUGGAACAAAUGAAGAAAGACAGAAGGCACUUGGAAAAAACUAGAGAAGAACUGGUCAAAAAAGUGAAAACACUACUGGAACAAAAUAAGCUGAAGAGAUAUCAUGUUCGUGAAGAAUGGAAGAAGAAAUACUUUGAGACUAAGAAAGCUACAGUUUCACUGGAGAAUGUUUUAAGCAAACUUCGACAAGAUUUAGAGCUUUACCACCAGAAAUUACUCUGGGAAUUAGAAGCCAGAGAUAGCCGCAAACAACCAAACAAUACGACAAACUCGAAGAAUAACAGAAUCAUCCAGAUUACUACAGUGCAGCAUGAACUCGAUCAAUUGAGAAGAAAGCUGGAUGAUACAAAAAUGAAACUUGUAAUAGAAAUUAAGAUGAGAAAGCAGGCAAUAGCAGAUUUACAAGCACUGAGAGCAGAACUGACACAGAAGAAGAUUCAUUCCGCUUUAAUUCUCCAGUCUGGGAAAUCUGGAAUUUAAGAGCAUGACUCAAUGGUAAUGUAUAUAGAAGCUCAGAACUUCUAUAUUGUUUGUUCGUACGCUCUUAAAUUUCUCCUGUAAAAUGACAUCAGCUAUGCAAAUGUUGUGGAAUUUGUACUUCUUUUUCAAUCUCAUUACUGAAAGGCGUAUCAGCUACUUGAACCUACAGUUUAACCUAGUCAUGUGUCUAAAACAAAACUAAGAUAUUUUAAAAGUGUAAAUCAGUGAAUCAUGUGACAUCACAUCAGUAUGCUGAUAUUUCUAUAUACCUACUAAGCAAAUAAACCUAUAAUCUAAAGUCUCCUGUUCAGAUUUUGGGGCACACAUUUAGUUUUUUGAUGCAUGAUUAAAAUACAUAUUACACAGAAGUAGAGCGAAAGUAAUCUUUGUGUAGCUAUUUACUGAAGUGUAUCUUUGUCACUAUGUAUAUACUUAUCUAUAAAAUAUCAGUGUAUUACUGCUACAUUAUUAAGUAUGAACAAAAUCUUUUGGUUCUUUCAUAUCUAGGUGGUUUAAUUUCCUCUCUCAAAGGAAAGCUGCAUAAACAUUAGCCUUAUUCUGUAAUUAGUGGAAGAUACAACCUUUGUCUUCAGUAAGUUGUAAUUAUGAUCUUGGUGCUAUUUACAGUACUGUACAGUCUGCUUUCCUUUAAGUUCUUUUUCAAGAAAGGAUUUAAUAAAGAUUUUACUGCUAAAGUAUUAAAUUUAAUAUUAAAAUAACAAAA